AUGUCUUGUUUAGAAUCGCAAGAUACAUGGAAAUGUCAACCACAAAUGUUGGAUUUUGAGAUGAACUCUACUGAUGUAGAGGAUAAACAUGACAUAAUUGGAUUCAACCAAGAAGAGAAACAUGACAUAAGUAAGGUUCCUAUUCCUAUUGAUGUAGAGGAUAAACAUGACAUAAUUGGAUUCAACCAAGAAGAGAAAGUUCUUAAAAGGAAAGUUAGUGAGCCAAAAGUUGAUCAAGAGAAACAAUUAAAAUCCUCAAAUACAACUGUUGAUUUUGUUUCCUUGAUUGAUUUUUUCACACAUGAUCAAAUAACAGAACAUAUUCAUAGUCUGAGAAAGGAAUCUCUUCAGAUUAAAACUGAAGAUGGAACAGGAAUCGAUGCAAACACAUGCCAAUUAUGUGAAAGGGAAAAUCUUAACUUUGAACCGGUACCGAUUUUUUGUAUAUGUUGUGGCCACCUCAUCGGGAGAAGAAAAACAUAUUUCUGUAGAAAAGAUGAGGAAUUCGAUGCCGAGCUUUGUUUUUGCUCUGCCUGUUAUAAUACAUCUAAAGGUGGUUGCAGCGCAUUCUGUAACACCAUACUUUACCCCGUACACGUAAUAUAA